CGCAACUACCUGUUAACCUCAACGUUUUUCUUUUGAAAACUAUCGGAGAAACCGGCGAAGGAUGUUUUCAUUCCGUUUUAGAGCAGUCUAGGACAGUCUUUUUAUCUUAUUUAAUUGUUAUCCUAUUUGUUGUGAUUUUAAUCUGUAGCUUAACUUAAGUUAAAAUGGGUAGGAAAAGGAAGAUCUCUUUCAACGAUGAUAGCAGCAGGGAUUCCUUUGCCUCGAGCAGCUCCAAUGGCUCGGAGGAGAUGAGUGAGGAAAGCAAGAGUGCCAAGGAGAUGAUCAGUAAGAUGAAGAGCGGUGAGAAGGAGGAGCGUAAAGCCAAAGCCAUUGAGAGUAUAACAAAAUUGUUGAACAUCAGCGAGGAAUACUCGAAUAUGUGGAAGAGUAAAUUUGUAGAAAUCAAACAUAAAAAGAAGCCUUUGGUUGAAGUGAAUAGUAAUAAUAGUAAAAGUAAUAAUGAUGAAGUUACACUGAUCAGCAAAAUAAACCAUUUCGAUGGUGAAUUGCGACCGUACCAAAUCGAGGGCGUCACUUGGAUGCAUACGUUGUUUUUGGGCGGUAUUAACGGGAUACUGGCCGAUGAGAUGGGUUUGGGUAAAACCGUGCAGAUCAUCGCGUUCUUCGCGCAUCUCAUACAGAGUAAGAUAGCUGGACCGCAUUUGGUCGUUGCCCCAUUGUCGACCAUCUCGAAUUGGAGGAAGGAAUUCGAGAGAUUCGCGCCGCUGUUCAAGGUGGUGGUUUUCCACGGGUCUGCGACGGAGCGGAACGAGCUCAAGAAGGAAAUUUUGUUGUACAAGAAGUUAGGCGAUCAGAAGCUGAGGCCAGUCUUCUUAACCACCUACCAAACUGUGUUAAGUGAGAGAAAUUUUCUGGAGCAGGUCAGCUGGAAGUAUCUGGUCAUCGAUGAAGCGCAAAGAAUUAAAAACCAUCAAAGCAAAUUGUCAAUGAUUUUACGAAAAUUCAAAUGCUUUAAUAUACUGUUAUUAACUGGAACUCCAUUGCAAAACAACAUGACAGAGUUGUGGGCUUUGCUGAAUUUCGUGAUGCCGCAAAUCUUCAACAACAUGGAGGCUUUUUCCUCUUUGAUUAUGCUUGAGGAUUUAGAGGAAAAUAACAUUAAGAAUCAAAUCAAGGAGAACAAUACUUUGAUUAGUAAGAUCCACAAAACUUUGGGUCCUUUCAUGCUGAGGCGCAUCAAGAAAGAUGUGCUACCCGAUUUCGUGCCAAAGAAAGAGACUUUGGUGUACUGUCCUCUGACAGAUACACAGCACGAUCUCUACAAGUACACGAUCAAGUACGCGCUUUCAGGUCCAGUGGAAGAAAUAUGUGAGUUGCCGCGCGCCAAACGGAAAUGCACUGAGCGAAUUAGUUUUGCAGAGUCGGACGACGCUCCAAAGUAUAAGACCGUCUCGUACUCAGCGAAAAAGGAGAAAAAGAUUUACGAAUUCGAAGACAUGGAGAGAUAUUACGCGAAAAUCAGAAUGUGUUCCGUCUUUCACGUGACUCUGAAGAAGAUCGCCAAUCAUCCUUUCUUGGUGGACAAUCACUUGGAGUUCGGGAGGGUGCAGAGAUUCAACGAGCAUCUGAUUACGGAAAGCGGUAAAAUGCAGGUGCUGGACGCUGUUCUGCACAAGCUGAAGAAGGGCAAUCAUAAAGUGCUGAUCUUCAGCACGAUGACCUCGAUGCUCGAUCUCAUCGAGGAUUACAUGUACAUCAGAGAGUACCAGUAUUGCAGAUUGGAUGGGUCAAGUAAAAUGCAGACUCGAGAGGAGAGCAUCGAUAGGUUCAACAACGAUCCCAACGUCUUCGUCUUUCUGAUUUCGACGAGGGCCGGCGGUUUGGGUUUGAAUUUAACAUCUGCGGACACUGUGAUAUUCUACGAUCGUGAUUGGAAUCCGCAGGUCGAUAUCCAAGCGCAAGAUCGAUGCCACAGGAUUGGCCAGAACAAACCGGUGAUGAUUUACACGCUGAUAACGAAGAACACCAUCGAUGAGCAAAUCUUGAAUUCCGGCACCAUGAAGAGACGUCUUGAGAAGCUUGUUAUCAAAGAUGGAAAAUUCGUGGUAUCCAAAGAGGAAGCCAAAGAGGAUUCGCUGGAGACAAGGUUCAUGAAGUUCUUAGAUGAGGAGAAGAAAAGCAAUAUAAUUCAUCCGAACGGAUUCGUUUUCUCUGAUGAGGAACUGGAUAAGAUCCUAGACAGAUCUGAGCUAUACAAAGAGCUGGAGAGUCUACACAAAUCCAAAUGAUUCUCAAAGUCAUCAAGCCACCAACUAUUCUAUUAAUUAAUUUAUUAUUACUUUUUAAAUAUUUUUAUACAUAAUAAUUUAUGUUCUAACUCAUUCCAUAACUAUUGUCUAACUAGUUAAUACAAAUUUCAUUCUAGAAAUAAAUAAGAAAUUGAACAAGGAAAA